AAGAAUCUCUCUCUCACUGGUCUAAAGGUUGGCAGCAGCUGCAAAAUUGAUUUGAAUUGUAGAAUCUUUAAUCUGUUUCAACUUCCAAAUAUUCAAUGCUAUUUAUUCCCACAUUAGUGUAGCAGUCAGUUCAAUUGGUUUUGGUGGGCUACUAGCUCUUGUUUCUCUCUCCGUUGCCAAUGGCUUCCUCCUCCCAUUUCCUCUGCAGUCACGCUUCCUACAAUCACAAACCACAUUUUAAUUCAUUCACCAACGCCACCCUUCCUCAAUUCUCAUCGUUUAAGCCACAUGGCUCCUCGUCUUUCCCCAAAAAAAUCCAGUCUUCAACUAUCAGAGCCACGGCUUCUGAUUCCACCACUGGCAGAAAACAACUAGAGGUGGUAUAUGAUUUUGAGAAUAAGUUAAAUAAGUUAGCUGAUGAAGUGGAUAGGGAAGCUGGGAUUUCAAGACUCACUCUUUUUUCACCUUGCAAGAUUAACGUUUUCCUAAGAAUAACUGGCAAGCGAGCAGAUGGAUUCCAUGAUUUGGCGUCUCUUUUUCAUGUUAUCAGCCUAGGAGAUAAAAUAAAGUUCUCAUUGUCCCCAUCUAAAUCAACGGACCGUUUGUCAACCAAUGUGCCUGGUGUUCCUCUUGAUGAGAGAAAUUUGAUAAUAAAGGCUCUUAAUCUCUUCCGAAAAAAGACAGGGAUUGACAACCACUUUUGGAUUCAUCUUGACAAGAAGGUGCCGACGGGAGCUGGCCUUGGUGGUGGCAGCAGCAAUGCUGCUACUGCUUUGUGGGCAGCAAAUCAGUUUAGUGGUUGCGUUGCUAGUGAAAAGGAUCUCCAGGAGUGGUCGGGCGAGAUUGGAUCUGAUAUCCCCUUCUUCUUCUCUCACGGUGCUGCAUAUUGUACGGGUAGAGGAGAGGUUGUCGAAGAUAUUUCUCCACUUGUACCUCUUGAUCUUCCUAUGGUUCUCAUCAAACCGCAAGAGGCAUGCCCCACUGGUGAAGUUUACAAGCGUGUACGGGUGGACCAAACAAGCCAAAUUGAUCCUUUGGUGUUGUUAGAGAAGAUAUCAAAGAGUGGAAUCUCUCAGGAUGUGUGUGUUAAUGAUCUUGAACCUCCUGCUUUCGAAGUUGUUCCAUCACUAAAAAGACUGAAACAGCGCAUAGCUGCAGCAGGUAGAGGGCAGUAUGACGCGGUCUUCAUGUCUGGAAGUGGGAGUACUAUUGUGGGUGUAGGUUCUCCCGAUCCACCUCAGUUUGUUUACGAUGAUGAUGAGUACAAAAACGUCUUUUUAUCAGAGGCCAAGUUCAUCACGAGGUCAGCUGGACAAUGGUAUUCGGAACCUCUUUCAACUGAUGAUGAAUCAAUAUCCUUUGAGAAGCAUGUGGAAUAGUCUCAAGUCGGGCUAGUGCAAGUGUCAUGCUGCUACGCGAAUAAUACGAACAAAUUCGCCUUCCUUAUCUUGAUAUAUACAAAGGCAAUAAACGUUGGUUGUACUUCCCCAUGGAUCUCAAAAUUGCGAUUCAUUCAACGCCCAGUGCAAGCAGCAAUCACAUUUUAAAUUUGACGA